ACCCAAUGUUCAUGGUGCCAGCGCCCCCUGCUCCAGGCCACCCCGGGGCCCCUGGAUCCUCUUUGCCCUUGCCCCCCUCUUUCUCCUCUCCGGCCCUGCCCACCUCCAACCCAAAACAGCUGGUGGUGAGGACGAGGUCUGUAGGCACCAACACCCAGGAUGGAGGCGGCUCAGGAGCUCUGGAGGCAGACACGGCCUGCCUGGGGCCAUGUCAGCCCGGGACCAGCGUCAACCUGGAGGGCAUCGUCUGGCAUGAGACGGAGGAAGGUGUGCUGGUGGUGAACGUGACUUGGAGGAAGAGAACCUACGUGGGAACUUUGUUAGACUGCACCAAACACGACUGGGCUCCUCCAAGGUUUUGUGAGUCUCCCUCCAGUGACCCUGAGUUGCCAGGGGGCCGUGGCCGGGGGAAAAGGAUGCGAAUGGCCAUGGCCGAGCGGCCCUGCAUUGAACCGGCCCCUUCUACAAAAGUCAGAGGUUUAUCACAGCACAGGAGCCGUGGAGGUGGUGUGGCUGGAACUGCUGCUCCCCUCCACAGCAAGGGACGGAGAGGAAGCCUGAACCUCAUCAACAGCAACUGCCGUGCGACUCCUUCUUUCUUCACUGUGGAUGACGUGAAACCCACAAACAGCACCUCCUCUCUCUCCUCAGGGAAGAGAAAGAACAAACCGCCGGCUGAACUUGACCUCAGCUUGGUCUCCUCUGAAGACAUUAAAAACGGGAACGGUAAGAGGAUCCGAGCCAAAUCCCGCAGUGCCCCAUCCACACCGCAGGGCAAAUCCGACCCCUCGUUCAUGGACCCUGGAGGAGGUUGUGCCUCCUCACCACCUCCCCCACCCAUCCUAAUUGACUGCCCCCACCCCAACUGCACUAAACGGUACAAGCACAUCAACGGCCUGCGCUACCACCAGACACAUGCACACCUGGAGACUGAGGAGCAGAGAAAGCCUGAGCUAGAGCCCUCCAAGGAUGUGGAGGGGGACGAUCGACUGUCAGACUGUGAGGACUCAAUAGGCAACUUGACAUAUGACCUCUCUGAAACAAACAGCGGUAAUGCAAACAGUUCCUCCAAGAAACCUGCUCCUCUUUAUAAGGUGACCACAGUUGGGUCUCCUAAGAACAGGCGGUUGCUCUUAAGUACCGACCACAGCCCCACAGCCAACUCCAAGACCAGAAGAACCUCACUGCUGAAAGAUGGCCUGAUUGAUGAUCUUAGCAAUCUGCCCAUCAUCUCCAACAUGACAGUAGUUCUGGAAAACUGCAUGGUCCCAGACAGAAACUCAAUGGUGGAGAUGCCCAAGCUUGAAGCUGAAGGUUUGAUUGAUAAAAAAGGAGGUGCAUGUGACAAAGGCAAAAAAGCCAACGGGAAGGUGGACAAAUUGUCCAAGUCACGAACAAACAGGCUGAUUGCCCCAGCACCUGCUCCACCAAAGCUGAUAGCCAUACCCAAUACAGGAUAUCCAACUGGCACAGCAGACAGUGCUACCUCACAGCAGCCCUCACCAAUGGCAGCAGUAGGCCUGACGAGUAAAAACCUUCCACUGAAACCCAUCAAACCAAAGCUGAACAUCGUCGUUGAACCCAACCUCGUCAAAGCCACCCUGGUUACCUGCAGCAAAGAGACCAGGAAGAAAGAGAAACGGCGGCUGAAGGACAAACAUAAAGAUCUGCCGACCAGGACACCUAACUGUGACAAUGGAAUCAAACUGGAAGAUGGUGGUGGUUCUAAAAUGGGCAUCAAGGAAAUCUCUGGAAGCCUUCUGAAGGAGCACCUCAGUAAGCAGGAUGUAAUGAAUGGACUCACUGAGAGCCAGGAGAGCAGGAUGGCCAGCAUUCGAGCGGAGGCUGACAAGGUCUACACCUUCACAGACAAUGGUCACCCAGUCCCUUCCAUUGGUGGUUCAUCACGGCUUGACGCCAGCGGUGGUUGCGUGGUCACUGCAGACAACAACAGUAAAAAUAACAGCCCUGCCUACUCUGACAUCUCAGAUGCCGGGGACGAUGGAGGAUCUUCCGAAUGUCGCUCAGAUGGAAUAAGGUCCAAGUCCGGCUCCUCCACCUCUUCAGAGGUGAGCUCAAACUGUAACCAUGGUAACUCUGGUAAAACACCACCCACAGCACCUGCCCCAACAUCAAAAGACCCCCAAUCCCCGUACUACCACAGCUAUGACCCCUACUACCUUCAGGGGUACAUGCAGUCGGACAGGUCAAACGGUAGCAGUGUUGCUUUCCACAAAAAUUCUGCCCUGGAUGGAAAAGGGAAAGACAGAAAGGAAGAAGUGAAAGAGGAUGACAAAUGCUCUCCCCAUGAGUUUUCAGACUCUAAGAAAGGCGAUGGGCCUCCUCAGUCCCAGCUCCAGCUGGCGAUGAGUCAGACUCAGACUGCUUUGGCCCAGUCGCUGUACUACGGCCAGUACUCUAGAGGACUGUAUAUGGACCAGAAGUUGUUACUGGGCUCCAAAUGCUGUGACCAGACUCACAGUGGCAAGCAGAGGGGCGACAGAGGACAGGGGAUGAGGGACAGUGAGGAGGAUAAAAAUAUGGUUGGGUGUUCAGGUGGUGGAUCGAUGCUAGGUAAAGGUCCAGAUGGUGCUAAAGGUUGCUGCGCAAAACCAGUCCUGUCCUACGUGGAGUUGAGUGAGAGGGUAGAAAGGGGACAGAGUCUGGGCAUGAAGGCAGCGCACAGUGGCAUGGUGGACCAGCACCAGGUCUCGAUGAAAGACUGUGAUGACAUCAAGUCAUCGUCCUCUUCCUCUUCUUCAUCACUCCACAACCAAAACAUUCAGACAGAUCUGGACUCAAAUGUUUCCUUUUCCAGUCCCUCAGAUGGCCUGGCCUGGGCUCACUGCCUGCCUCACAGCAAAUACUCAGAGCUACAACAUGGGGAGGAGGCCGAGGAGGGUGAAGUAGACAGGGGAAAGGAAUGGGGAGCGACCAUGGAGCCUGCCGGUGCUAAGAUGACCUCUGGAGUAGGGCCUGGUGGAGAGAGAGGAGUGGGCCUUGGUGGGGAUGUUAAAAAAUCCAGGGUCCAUGGAUCCCUAGAUCUCCAGCCCAUCAUCGACGCAGAGGAUUCAGACAGGCUGGAGGCGCUGGAUGAUUCAAGCCAGGAGCCAAUGGGAGGGCUCUCUGAGGAGUCCCAGAACGCCAGGGCCGCAGUGUCCCCCCCAAUGACCCCCCAGCAGCCUUACAUCCAGUACCAGCACUCCUCCUACCAGCCCUACCUGUCAAUGUGUGAGAGUGGUGGAGGCUCCUACAGAGGUGUGUCCCCAACCCUGAUCCACAACUACCCAGGUAAGAGUCAGAGUGAAGAUAUGGGUGUGCUACAGAAUUAAUUGAGAGAUCGUUUGAGGAGAGGAUCAUGCCAACUCUCCAGAUUUAGAACCAUAGUAAGAGAUAUCGAGCUACAGCCAGCUGCUAUUUGGAAAGACUGGAAACAGAGGGAAACAGCCAACCUUGCAAUUUGAAUAUAGGUAUAGUAUAUAUAGUUAAUCCUAGUUAAGGAUUUUGGGGUUGCACCUGGGGUGGCCAAUAAGAUUUCAAGGCGGGCCCAUGCGCCCACCCCUGGCCACAUGUCUGCACACACCCCUGGUUGUACGGGUUGGAGGAACUCUUCUGAUAUUGGUAGAGCAAACAAAGGUUUUAAAACAGUCAACUGCUCUGUUUUUGAUGUCUGUAUAAAGUCACCGUAUGUGUGUGUGUGUGUUUCAUUAUCUGUGGCUGCGUGUGUGUGUGUAUAUCUGUUUGUUUGUCCACCAGGUUUCCACUACCCUCUGUACG